AUGCCAGAUUCCAUUCCAGCAUCUACCGGUACUGUUUGCCAGGCCUGCAAGUCGCCUCAAUGGCCCAACUCUUUGAAUUCAUUGACCCGGAACUUCUUCACCAGACAGUUUGUGGACACUGUGACCAUCAAUUCGGCCAUCACUGGAUGUGCCAAGGCACGCAGAUGGCGCGAAGUUCUGCUGCUUCUCUCUGCUUGCAUGAACAACCUGGCAUUGCAGCCAGAUUUGCUAACGACAACCUUGUAUCUCACUUCGUGCACGACAGCAAAUUGGCAUCGAGCUGUGGCUUUUCUCCAACGAUUUGCACUGAGCUCGGAUGCGUUUUGCUUGGACGGCGGCGUGCUGAGACUGAUUCCCGACACCGUCUUUUUCAACGGUGUCCUUCGAGUAUUCGAAAGGGGAGGGCUGUGGCGACAAGCCGCGUCCUUGUUCACCAGGCUGCAGGUGGCUGCAGCCGAAAAAGACGCUGUUGGAUUGAGCACGGUGCUCACAGCUUCGGCGAAGGCCAGUUCCUGGAUGCGUUCCGUAUGUAUUCUUGGGUGGUCGCAGUCUGACAUCUGUUUACCCAAUGUGUUUAGCUACAAUGCCAUCCUGAAUGCGUACGCCAUCAGUUCCUCCUGGACUUUAGCAGCAUUGUUGAUGUCCGACAUGCAUUUGGCGAUGAUUCAGCCAGACGUUGUGUCUGUCAACACGAUGGCUGCCGCCUGCAAACCCGCUGGCGAAUGGGCCAAGUCCUUGCACAUGCUGCCGCAUGUCGACAGCUUUGGCCUGGUCUCUGUUGCUGGAUCAUGCGGAGCAGCUGCACAGUGGCGCAGCGCGCUACUCCUGCAGCAUACAUCAUCGGUGAAACUCCAUUCUGGCCAUAGGCUCGUCGAAUGCAAUGCGAUUUUGAACGCCUGCGCGGAGGGUGAAGCAUGGGAAUCAUGCCUAAGCCUUUUGGAGCACGCUCUGCUGGCUGGCCCAGAACCGAAUUUGGUGACGUUUGGUUGCGUUGGAAAGGCGCUGCAAUUAGGCCAAUCCCGCGGUGCAAGGUCUUCUCCAUCAUGGGAGCUGCCUUUGUUGCUUGUUGCAAAGUAUCAGCAAUCCGGAUUCACAAGCGUUCGAGGACUCAAAUCCAGGGGACAAGACUCUGGCAACCUGAACGUGUUUCUGGGCAGUUGCGUUUUCACUCUGGCCCAGAGCCUCCAAUGGAAGCAGGGCACAGCCAUGUGCGCGGCUUUGCAGAUGUGCAGCAACGAAGCACAGGAUCCUGUGUUGUCCCGAUCGAUACAGCAGGAUCUUUUGCAGACCGAUGGCUGGCGGCUUGGAUUGCAAAUAGGUCAGGUACGAGCAGCACAAACAGCUGCCAAAAGCUCUUGCAUGGACACGGAGUCAGAGGCAGUGCUCGCUGUGCGCAGCUGGUGCCUGCAAUCUCUUUGGACAAGGGCAAUGCUGCUUCUUGCUUGGGGCGGCAGGACUGCAUCGUCGAAAGCACAUACUGCGCUGUUGGAGUCGUAUGCGACAUCCGUUGAUGGGUGGGCCCUAUCUUUGUCACAUGUCUCCCGAAUGUUUCAGAUGAGACUCAGACCUGACACGCUCACUCACGGAAUCGCUGUCGGUACUUGCCGGAGCCACCUGCAGUGGCAGUGGUGCUUGGUGUGUGCCCUGGACGCAUGUCUUCGAUAUCCAGGGCAGCCCCUGGCUGCGCUGUACAACGGUGCCAUGGUGGCAUGCUGCGAUGCUGGAGAGCAGAAAUUGCUGCCAAGACUGCUCCGUCAAGCGAGGGAGGUUCACGUGGAGCUGGAUGUGAUUUCUCUCAACACCUGCAUCUCUGCAAGUGAGAAGCUGACAAAGUGGCCGUUGUCUCUGCAGCUCCUGCAAGUGACCUACUCGACCCGUCUCCAAGCUGACUCCACCACGUACGAGGCCGCAAUAACCAGCUGCGAGCAGGGCAGCAGUUGGACCUACGGGCUGCGGUUGUUGAUGCAGCUUCGGAUGAAGGCCACUCAGACAGUUUCGAGCUUCAACGCUGUGAUGGGCUCGGCGAUGAGAGUUCGGUGGUCGGAAGCUCUUCAGCUCUUCGCGGAGCUCAGGGCAAAUCAGCAGCUCCCUGACAUGAUCACGCACGCCGCGCUGAGCUCGGCGCUGCAGGGGAGCCAUCAGUGGAAGCUCCUCUCGUCCAACUUGCCACACGUUCGUGCAGAGGCCAUG